AUGAUCCUUAUUAGAGGAAGCGGAUGCCAGCUCAUAACAGAGAUGAGUGACCACAUAAAACUUUUUGUGGGGAAUCUUCCUGCUGACGCAUCUGAAGAUGAACUUAACAAACUCUUUUCACCUUUUGGAGAAAUCAACACCUGCUCUCUGCUAAGACAAUAUGCCUUUGUAACUCUAAAGGGAGAGGGAGCAGCGGACAGGGCUAUAAGGAAUCUAGAUGGAAAGGAGUACAGAGGGAGGCCCCUGGUGGUAGAGGAGUCAAGAGCACGCCCUCCGAACUCCAUCAAAGUGUUUGUUGGGAACCUUAGUGCAACUUGUUCCGCAGAUGACCUGCAUACACUGUUCUCCUCCUACGGAAAAGUGUUGGACUGUGAUAAAGUCAAAGCACGCUUGUGUUCUAAUGUUGGCUAUGCGUUUGUGCACAUGGAGAGGAGGGAUGAAGCUGUCCAGGCAAUAGAGGCUUUGAAUGGGAGCCUUUAUAAAGGCAGACAAUUGGCCGUGGAGCUAUCAAAAGCUCAGCCUUUAGCCAAUCAGAUACCAGGAGGAGAUGGCUCCAGGAGAGAAGGACUCCUUCCCAGACCGGCUCUUGAACAUCACCAAAGUCAGGCUGCUGUGCUCGCGGCGGCGGCAGCUGCUGCUGCUGGACUCCCCAUUCAGGUUCAACAAAGUGUCCAUAAUUCAUUCUACAACACAACACCAUUAGAUCCAACUUACACAGCCCUGAGAGGCAUCACUAGCUCAAAAGGAGCAGAUGGAGUUAUAUACGGGGCUUUAGCCAGCCAAGUCUACGGCUCAGUGGCAGAUAAAGUCUACAAGCAGCCAGAGGUCCCCACUGUCCCCGACCCAACCACAAUGUUUGAAGCAGCUCGGGCCAAGUUUUUCCAAGAUGGACAGAAGGUGCUGGCUGAGCAACAUGCAGGAAAGGGUGCUCCAGAGACUGAUCGUGAUCGUAGCCCGAUAAGGGGUAACCGUGCCCCCCUGCUCCCUGACCCUGUCCCCGGAUCCUUUGACUCAAACCGACCCAAACGCAGAGCCCUGUUGCCCACUCCACCAGGAGCCCACGAGGAUUCUGGACCUGUCGCUGCUGCCUCUGAAGGAGCUGACCCUGUUUCCAGGUCGUACACAGAGUACUGUCAGCAGAUGCAGCAAUACCAGCAGUAUCAGCAGUACCAGCAGCAGUACCAGUACCUUCAAUACGCCUACACCAACCCCCCUCCGCCCCCUCCUGCACCCGCCCCAGCCUCCACUCAGGCCCCGCCCUCCACCGCAGCCCAGGCCGCUCCCGGAUCAUACUCCGCCCCCCAGACCUACGCCUACCCUCCUCCAGGGAUGUACGGAGCCUCAGGGAGCUUUAACAACGCAGCUGGCCACUACGACGCCGCCUCGGCCGGGACGUACGGCGCGGCGCCCGGGGGUUACGACUCUUCUGCAGGCUACGCAUCGGGAGCUUAUGGUUCGACGGGAGCUUACGCAACGACACCGUAUGAGCAGACACCCGCACACGGCCAACCCACGGCCCACCGCAACGAUUACCCGUACAACACGCCAGAGCCCCCUUUCCGAUAG